AAGAAGGGCCAGCAAGAGCGCAAACCAAGUGUAACGUUAGAGUUGUAUCAGAAACUGGCUCAAAUGUUCCCAGAGCCCAACCAGGUGCAGCAUAUCUUGAAAGUCUUGAACAACCACGAGCAGGAGACCGACAUCAAUCGCCUCACAAACUAUUGCAUGAAUUCCCUGUUCACACAGUGA